AUGGGAGGCGAUGGAGACGCGCUCGACAACAACGCCAUCAUUGUCACCGACGCGUGCUGCUGCAUGUACGACGGCUGCCUCUUCGGGGAUGGGUGCAUCGGGUGCAUGGCGAGCGAGACGAUGUGCUGCCUCGAGAUGGAGUUCUGCUGCAAGCAGGGUGCAGAGUCGCUCUGCUGCGUCUGCUGCGCGAUCCGCUGCGUUUCGCCUACCGUGUGCAUCAAGUCGCAGGGCCAGAUGUGCUGUCUUGCCGGCGCGGCCGCCAUCCCGUGCGACGAGGAGGUGCCUUGCAUGGUCGGCACGUGCGGCAUCAUCUGCUAUCCCACGAUCGCCAUUUGCAAGACGCUGGGCGACAUCACGGGGAAUUCAGGUGGGGAUGCCCCCCCGGCUGAGCAGGCGCACUCGCGGCUCGCGCAGGGGCCGCCGCUGCGGGGCCUGGCGGCCCCGCCGGUGGCGGUGCGCACCUCCGCCGCCUCGGCGACGCACCGCGGGCGCGCCGCCGGUGGCGCCUGGGCGGGGAUGGCCGGCAUCGCGGGCCUGUGCCUUGCGGCUACUGCGGCCGCCGGGAGGCGUGCCGCUCGCACCACGGUGCUGCGGCGCCUGCGCAUCGCCGGCAAGGAGAUCCCCCGUAACAAGCCCAUCGCUUACGCGCUGAAUUGCGCGAUAUUCGGCACGGGGAUCAAGUCCUGCAAGCACAUCUGCCACCAGAUUGGAAUCGACCCGAACAAGCGGACCUUCCAGCUCAGCGAGGAUGAGGAGCUCAGGCUCGUCGACGAGUACGCCAAGUGGACGGUGGAGAACCCGCUGCGCAGGAUGAUCACUGCAAACAUUAAGUUGCUGAAGUCGGUCAACCAUGAGAGGGCAAUCCGUAUGGAGAAGGGCCUGCCUGUGCGCCACCAGGUGACCCGUAACAACGCCAAGACCGCCAGGGUACUCAACCCUGGCCGCAUCGGACUCUGAGCAACCUGGAGUCCCUUCGCAGUGGGCGGGCCAGGCGCAUGGACCUGCAUCGCGAGCGGCGGUGGCAUGGCCCUCUCUUGACUGACCCGACCGGCGUGAUGCAGCGCGGGGGCAGCAGCGCGGGAGCUGGCAGGGCAGCCUUGCGCCGUCUUGCCUCGCGACCAUCUUUGCAAAAGUAUUUCCCCGCAUACUCCUUCCGGUUGUUUGUUGCCCGUCGUCCCCAGGAUUAGGGCCUUCAUUGGGAUGGGUGCGGGCAGAGCUUCAAAUUGCUGCUGGAGUGGUGGCCUGUCGAUGCUUGGAUG